ACCACCACCACCACCACCACCACUCCUCUUUCUUCCUUCUUUGUGAACCCUCUUUUUGGCUGCUUUGCAGCUGCUCGCGUGUUUUUCCUAUUGUUGUGUUAAUUACGCCUCUCGCUUUUUUGCAUUAUUUCACACACACUCUCUCCCUGGCUGUCUCACCAUUAGCGUACUUUUGUCCAAUUGCACCCGGUACCGGUAGCCUCGCUAGCCUACCCCGUAGUUUAUAGACAAUAACCGUGCAUGCCUUCUCAGACCGAAUCUCCUUCGCAUACCGGUACUCGCCUCUCGUCCAAAAUGAAGUUCCCUAAUUUGCGAAAAUCUCGCACAGUUUUUUUUGGCAAAUCUGGAGGGCCCUCGCCUUCUAUCAAAACGGACUCUACGACCUCCAUCACUGAUACCCUGGGCACUUUCUUGAACUUUCCAAGCGACAAAUCCAAAUCUGAUAGCUCUGUGUCAGCUACUCGUCGUUCCUCGCCAGAGAGAGCUCGUCCCUCGUGGCCCACUUCUGGGGUAUAUACUUCCAGUAGCGGCAGGACAGAUCCAAAUGUGCGUACCUUGAAUUGCCCGAGAAAUUCCCAGGGAAGCACCGCUAACACCUGAUAAAAGGGGAGUCCUCCCAGUCCAGCCAUCAGAUCAGCUUCAGUACCUCUAUCACCUUUUGCUCCCCGCCUUAUCUCUGCCCAGGAAGGGCAAUGGUUUCAUCAGAGUGUAAUUUUGGUGUUUGGGGAGGUUGGGGUGCCCGAGCGGCCAAUUGAUGGGACCGUUACUGUACACCACCACCUGGAGGGAUAUCCGGCUACUCAAUGGCCGGUUACAAGUGGUCACUUCAAGGUUCUUGUGCACCUUGAUCCGGGGAUGAACCGACUACGCUUUGACUUCUCUGCCUCCAAGAUCGCACCAACCAGUUCCGGCAUUGCAGUUAAUUUCCUGCCCUUGACGUCCUGCCCACCCCUUCAUCUCGCUAUACUGCUUGCGAAGGAUUCUCUGGGAGAGUAUGAGUGUCAUGGCGAUCUAAGGCUGCGUGAAGGGAAUGAUGUACGGAUGGCGAAGAAGAAACUCCGAAUGGCAGCGUAUGAGACCACAUCACCCGUAAGACUAGUCGGUUUUCUGAUGAGCACAAAGUUAUCUUGCGCAGAUUUUUACUGGUGAGCAAAUGUUCAGGCACAGAUUGGGUAACCUCGUUAUAUUUUCCCUCUCCAUCUGGUAAUUAGGAUUCUAACGCUGGCCUUAGGCCGACGGUGUUUUCGACUCGAGGAGGAGUGGGUAGCAGAUUCCUUAUCCAGUAGAGAUGACGGAGUGAUGAGGAGUGUUGCAAAGGUCCACGUCUUACGUACUCAGAAAACAGUUGGGGGUAAUAAUUCUUGGCUUUAUUGCCCCAUAUAACCGUUGCUUACUUGUCAAAGAUAUUCGACAACGAGAGGCCUCCCAGGACGUUCAAGGCAUCUGGGAUAUUGCCUCCGAGGCGGUAGAGGAUUACUUCGGAGAAAUCGCACCCGCGACGAAGCGUCAUGUUGCCGUACUAGUUCUUGAUGCCAAGGGAGAUUUGAGAUUUGGAGAUCUUAUAAAUCGUUCCGCAUUUAGUGGUGGUUUGGGUCUCUGUGGUAGCCGCUCGUUAUACACCCUCCCGUCCUACUUGGAAGAUGUGGUUUCCGCGGUAUGACUCUCAUACGGAAUCCAUAGAUUUUAUCCAGAGCUGACGGGGUUUAUAGUUCAGCGACUGUUCUCGCCCCGGUGGUGCAAUUGGGAAUAACGAUUCCCCUGAGUCUGGAAGCUUUUGGUAGGCCAUUCCUGGUACCGGGUUUUGUCGCGACACUGCAUCGGGCUUAUGUGUGGUGAAAAAUCAGGGAAAUUGCUACAUCUGCGAUGAAAAACAUGAUGGAAGCUUUCAUCAGCCCCCAGCCACCGACCCAGCCCCGUGAGCUUGAGCAUAUCAAUAGAACUUUUUUGAUGAAGGUUUGACCCCCAUUUGAAGAAAGCCUCUUAAGUGUUUCUUCCGAUAAUUUACCGGGACCGUAGGAGCCAUACUCAUUUCGAACAAAAUCUCCCGGGCUGAGGUAUGUCUUUUCUGGAUCAACGGCUAUGUGAAUUACCGCUGAAGUGUUUCAAGGUUUUGUGUUCCCAAAAAUGAGUCUGGUUGGUCUAGGUAUGUGAUUCUUUUUGCUCGCGGCGUGUUGUCCGGGAGCUGAUGAUACUCGAGCAUAAAGGGUUGAUUGUCUUCGGUUUCGUUACCACCCUUGCUUCCGGAUUCCAACAGAUCCUGUGCCACCUACUCUACCGGAUAACCCGCAAGUCUAUGCCGUUGAAAGUGGCAUUGUUUCUGGGGCUCAAAGCGGUAUAGUUCUGGUGGAGAUCUACACGGAUGGCGUUUAUCGGGCGCAUCGGGAGUUUACCAAUAAGCCAGAGCGGGAGGUUUCGUUGCUCGAAGAUGACCUCCGAGCAAGUCUGACGGAUGGUCAUAAAACUAAGCCUAUGAAACUUAGGAUAUACUCUGCGGGGCAAGGGAAAACAGUUGUGGAAGACUUUUCGACUGUCAAAAGCUCAAAGGUCCAAUUGCCAAAUGGUUACGGGGUGGCAUUCAAAAGCUCUUCACUCGGAAGACCGAAGGCUGGCGGAUCUAAGCCUCAACAGCUUAUAUUGCAUACAGUGGCCCCCGGGAGGAUGUUGACAAGCAUCAGAGUUUUUCACAACUCGGCAUUGGGAGGAUUAGAGUUCAUGUAUGAGGAUUCAUCAACGCAGCUAUUUGGCCGCAGGGAGAGCUGCGAGAACCAAGAAAAAGUUGAGGUCUCGGACUUUCCUUUGGAUACAAGAAAGGGGGAGAGCCUGCUUGGGUUUUGUGUACGCUCGGGGGCUCAGGUCGAGGGGAUUGAGAUCCUGACGAGCUUUGGACGCCGGUCACCUAUGUUUGGAAAUCCGCAUGGCGGCGGUGCAAGGUAAUUCAGCCCACCUUGAAUAUUUAACUCGGAACUAAAGACAAUGAAUAGUAGCAAUACGUUGAUACCUCCCCGGGGACGUUCGAUAGCCGGCGUUUCGGGAAGCUAUGCUCAGUGUGUGGAUGGGUUUUCAAUACUCUAUAAAUAAGUAGCGACCUACGACUUACCCGUUCCGCUCCUAAAUAUUCUCUGUUUUAGGAACGACUUGUGAAUUUGGAAUUGUUUGACUAUCGUUGAUAAUAUUCCUCCAUUACCGGGAGGACCUUUCUGGCACAUAAAAAAAAAAUACAUAUGGGGGGAUAGGAGACUCCAUUCUUUUUCUCUUGUUUAUUAGGUUUUACCGGGGGUUUUAUUGGGAAGUUUUGUUAUAUGAGGGCGAUUGUGGAAACUUUGUUAAUAACUGGCACCUCUGGGCUGGUAGUAUGGCGGUUUCUAUGUGGCAUAUUAUGGUUGGGCCGGGUAUAGAGAGAGGGAGGAUGUUUGCCUUCAGAAUCUUCAAAAGAACACGGAUUUCAUGCUCUCUCUCUUUCAUUUUUUCCUUUUUCUUUGUGCUUCGCCCCAUCAGCAUAGAUUUUUGUUUGCUUAAUGCUGUACAGUGCAACUAGAAGUGUUAGAUUGCUCCCUUUUGCAUUUCAUACACCAUGUGAUUUCACGUUCGAUCGAGCGGGUGCUUCCCUACCCGCCCCCGCGCUGCCCACAGGAUGGAUGUGUGUAUAAAAAAAGGCAAGCAAGAAAGAGAAAAAUGAAGGAAUGAUUUUGUAUACAAAAAGAAUAACACGUUUUUUUCUUUUUCUCUCUUCGAUCCACAGGCUCUCAACUAUAGUUACAUGUAUAGACAACAAACCAUCUAUUCUACCGAAUCCAAAUCAAACAAUAACCUCGCCAGCAUCAAUCACAGCGGGCCUAAACGAAGCCCGGGGGUCAUCAUCCGUCUUGCUCGGCAGGUCCACCUGCGGAGCUGGGGAAUACAGGUACCAACCCUUGAGCGCAUUCGUAGCAGCUCUAAUCCUAGCCUCGUCCUUACUCCCGCCAUGCCCCUCUCCGAUCUUCUCCAAGCCGGAGUACACGCCGACAAUGAAGACGGGAGCAAUGGACCUCUUCCCGGUCUCGCCAAUGUGCCUAGCAACCGGAGGCUCGAAGCCCUCUCGAGAGCAAAGGCUAGACAGCUCCCUGGUGGGCUGAACAAAGUCGAAAAGCUUAUCAACAUCCAGCCUGCGACUGAGCACAUGCUGGCGAAAGAACUGCUUGACGGGGCCGAGCCCCUCGUGCAGGUAAACACCUGCGAAGGUGGAAGUGACUAAUGAAGCGAUAGCCUCUUCCUCGGCCACGCCCUGCACCCACCUCU